GUUCGUCAAACGCUUCAGGAAAACUGUGUUUGUAUAUAGCGGAGUAAGCAAAGGUUUCAUCAAGAAAAGUAAUAUAUUUGCUUGCAUAUUGUCUUUAUUUCUCAAAAAAAGAAUUGCUAUCAGUUUGUUCUGAGUGAUCUAUCCCGUCACAAUGAAAUUAGUAAGAUUUCUUAUGAAAUUAAGUCACGAGACGGUAACAAUCGAGCUGAAAAAUGGUACCCAGGUUCACGGAACGAUUACCGGUGUUGAUGUGGCGAUGAACACUCAUCUCAAGGCAGUCAAAAUGACAAUAAAAAAUCGCGAUCCAGUUCAGCUUGAUUCACUCAGUAUUAGAGGAAACAAUAUUCGCUACUAUAUUCUGCCAGACAGUUUGCCACUAGAGACUCUAUUGAUUGACGAUGCCCCCAAGACCAGGGCUAAGAAACGAGAAGCGAACCGUGGCGGACAGCGUGGACGAGGCAGAGGAACUCGAGGAGGUGGACGUGGUGGCGGUCCCCGAGGAGGACGUGGUGGUCCUCGAGGUCGUGGAAGACGUUAAAUGGGCGAAAUACUUGUGUAUCUUCUGCACGAUUGGGCGUUGCUACAUUUCAUUUUCUCAACUCUAGGCUUAAAUAUUUCACGAACAGGCGGAUUGGAAUUUUGCUGUCGCAUUACUUGGAUCCGGAAUAAAUAUGAACUAUAAACCAGGUGGUAUAAAAAAAAUUGUUUAUUUUGUACAUUAUAUGAAAGAAAUUUAUACGCCAUUCAGAAGUACGUAGAUUCCAUAAACUAGGAAGCACACAAAAAAUAAACAAGCCGCGAUUGCGUAUGAUUUUGAAUUUUCCUUGUGCAAUUGAUAUAGCAUUUCUUCGUUUGUUUGCAGUAAUUUUUUGAUUUCGCUUAUUUCUAAUCUCACCGUUUCCCGGCGUUCU